CGAAUUUUCAACGUUCUUGGGGAGCCUGUUGACAAUUUGGGUCCUGUAGAUAGUAGUGCAACGUUCCCUAUUCAUAGAUCUGCGCCUGCCUUUAUCGAGUUAGAUACGAAAUUAUCCAUCUUUGAAACAGGUAUUAAGGUCGUCGAUCUUUUAGCUCCUUAUCGACGUGGAGGAAAAAUAGGACUAUUUGGGGGGGCUGGAGUAGGUAAAACAGUACUGAUCAUGGAAUUAAUCAAUAACAUUGCUAAAGCUCAUGGGGGCGUAUCCGUAUUCGGUGGAGUAGGGGAACGGACUCGUGAAGGAAAUGAUCUUUAUAUGGAAAUGAAGGAAUCCGGAGUAAUUAAUGAAAAAAAUAUUGAGGAAUCAAAGGUAGCUCUAGUCUAUGGCCAAAUGAAUGAACCACCGGGAGCUCGUAUGAGAGUUGGUUUAACUGCCCUAACUAUGGCAGAAUAUUUCCGAGAUGUUAAUAAGCAAGACGUGCUUUUAUUUAUCGAUAAUAUCUUUCGUUUUGUUCAAGCAGGAUCAGAGGUAUCCGCUUUAUUAGGGAGAAUGCCCUCCGCAGUGGGUUAUCAACCUACUCUUAGUACAGAAAUGGGUUCUUUGCAAGAAAGAAUUGCUUCUACUAAAAAGGGAUCUAUAACUUCGAUUCAAGCAGUUUAUGUACCUGCAGACGAUUUGACCGACCCUGCCCCUGCCACAACAUUUGCACAUUUGGAUGCUACUACCGUACUUUCCAGAGGAUUAGCUUCCAAGGGUAUUUAUCCAGCAGUAGAUCCUUUAGAUUCAACCUCGACUAUGUUACAGCCUCGGAUCGUUGGCAACGAACAUUAUGAAACUGCGCAAAGAGUUAAGGAAACUUUACAACGUUACAAAGAACUUCAGGACAUUAUUGCAAUUCUUGGCUACCAUGGCCACCCCAGAUACCCUUGA